AGUGUAAGGGGAAUGUUGUACAGGAAUUGCAGUGGAAGGGGGAUGUUGUACAGGAAUCACAGUGAGAGGGGAAUGUUGCACAAGAAUCACAGUGGGAGGGAAUGUUGUACAGGAAUCGCAGUGGGAGGGGAAUGUUGUACAGGAAUCACAGUGAGAGGGGAAUGUUGCACAAGAAUCACAGUGGGAGGGAAUGUUGUACAGGAAUCACAGUGGGAGGGAAUGUUGUACAGGAAUUGCAGUGAGAGGGGAAUGUUGCACAAGAAUCACAGUGGGAGGGAAUGUUGUACAGGAAUCACAGUGGGAGGGGAGUGUUGUACAGGAAUCACAGUGGGAGGGGAAUGUUGUACAGGAAUCACAGUGGGAGGGGAGUGUUGUACAGGAAUCACAGUAGGAAGGGAAUGUUGUACAGGAAUCACAGUGGGAGGAGAAUGUUUUAUGGGAAUCACAGCAGGAGGAGAAUGUUGUUUUGAUUUUUUUAGAUGACAAAAGGAACAAUGUUUUUGGUGAAGCGAGCCCUCCUGCACAUGAGUGUCCAUUAUCUGUGACCUGAGGAAGGGGAGCACUUAUUUAAAAAAAUAUCCAUCCCAAUGUCCUUUAUAUAUGAAUGUUUGUUGGCUUAGCGACCUGUGAUGUGAUUUCUUUUCCUUUCAUAGAAACAUCACCUGUAGACACAGUGGUCAGUGGUAGGUACAUUUCUCUCUUUGCAUAUUCUCAUCACAAACGGUGUAUGUCUACCAAAGGUAACAAGAGCAGUAAUAGAAUGGGAAAAUGUAAGAUCCAUAAUUUUUGCAAAAGUAUUUAGUUCCCCACUGGUUGAGGUUAAACCAGAAUCACAGUGGAAGCGGAAUGUUGUACAGGAAUUGCAGUGGGAUGGGAAUGUUGUGCAUGAAUUGCAGAAAGAGGGGAGUGUUGUUUAGAUUUUAUAUGACAUGGAGGACAAAGCUCUUGCUGAAACGAGCUCUGCACAUGAGUGUCCAUUAUCUGUGACCUGGGGAAGGGGAGCACUCAUUUAAAAAACAGCCCUCAUAAAGUCCUCUAUAUAUGUAUGUUUGUUAGCAUAGUAACCUGUGACGUUAUUUCCUUUUCUUUUAUAGGAACACCGACUUCAUGCAAUACAACGGGCAAGGGAACACAGACUUCGUGCAAUACAACGGGCAAGGGAACACCAACUUCAUGCAAUACAACGGGCAAUGAAACGUGGUGGAAGGAGUACCUGACGCUGAAACAUGGCAUCACUUUUGCUGCCGGAGCAGGCCUCUCUGCAAUCGUUUGCUCCGCCUGUUGCUGUGUGAUUGGAUUGUGCUCACGACGGAAACGACGAGAACGGAGAGACGAAGAUAAGGAGUACCCUGGAGCUGCCCUGACCAUGGUGGCAAGCGUCGACCGACAGCGGAGCGGCUCAGCGGGAUUGGCCGAGGACGAGCAGGCGCCGCUGCACGCCGGCGGAGAGCAGGGGGAGGGCGGGGCGGCGGGCGGGGCGAACGCAGACGUGGACUACGCCACCAUCGACGUCUCCCAGCUGAAGAAGAGAGAGGCGGCGGACGAGCCGGGGCCCGGCGCCGACACGGACUACGCGGAGAUCCGGAAGGAGAGGAAGGGGGGCGGAGACCGCGGAGAGGGAGAGGGAGAGGGAGAGGGGGAGGGGGGCGAAGAGGCGGCGGCGGCGGCGGCGGCGGGAGAGGAGGGGGCCGCUGAAAAUUCGGGGGCUGUGCAGCAGGAGUGCGCUGACGCUGGGGAGCAAGGCUGAAGAUCAGAGAGGGCUCCCAUUCACAAAUGGAUAACGACGUGAACUUCGGUCUAAACCCACAUGAGAAUAAUGUUCAGUUUCAAAGGGGCAGUUCACCCGAAAAUGAAAGAAAGCUACGUUUCAUCUUACCAGGACUGCUAUCUAUCCAUCCAGAUAGAUUUUCUGAGAUUUUAUGUGAUGUGUUAAACUUUCUCUCUCUUCCCCACUUCUUAUUCAAAGCACUGUGCUUAUUAUGCAUUUAUGAUGAAGAAAGUUUAUUUUUCAAAGUUUUUCUGACCCAAGUUAAUUGUACUUUUUGGACUGAAAGGACCUUUUACUGUCUUGCAAAGAAAGCUGGGGGAGAACAUGUCUUAAACACAAGUGCAUUCCUUUUGCAGUCUUUUUGAAGUUAUAUAAUAUAAGGGUAUAUAAAAUAAGGGCAUGACUAAAUGAGGUAUGUGUUUUUUUAUUUUAUUUUUGCUGUAAAAUAAGGAAAGAACAAACAAAAAUAGACUUCUGUUCCAUAGCAAUUUGAAUUAUGUACAGUAAAAAGUGUUACUCUAACAGGAUUUAUGUUGUCAAAAAGGGAUAAAAUGUAUUUGCUGGUUUGACAUUGAACAUUUGUUUAACUGUACAGGUUAACUGUUACUGUUAAAAAAUAAUCAAAUUCUGAUUAACUGUCUAGGUUCAUAUUAGGUUUCUUUAAAGUAAAAAACAAUGUUUUUAGUUUAAUCGAUGACCGCUAUUGUGCUCACGUAUUCAAUUACAGUUUUUUUUACGAUUGCUUUGACUCAUUUUGCACCAGAGUUUCAAUGUGCAAAACUCUUAACACAGAGUGCUGUACUGUUCAUUUUGGGUUCAAAAUGUAAUAUAGCAUGCAAAAUAAAAAUACCAGUGUCAGUGUA